AUGUUUCACUCUCUUCCAAAUGGCGAGAAGGAGCCCGUCUCUUUCCUUGAAAGUGGUUAUGAAAAGUGUAUUGUCACAAGUUCUUGCAGCAAGUCAUAUGGUGUUCCUGGCAUCAGAGUCGCUCGUUUCACGCAAAUCCGCAACUACAGUACUAUAAGUGUUGGGCAAAUUGACGAAGCAAUUGCUGUAGAAGCACUCUCGUCAAGAUGCCGCCAACGCUUAAUCCAAAGGAGUCUCGACAUGGCCAAGGUUAACCAUACAUUCCUUGCUAAAUUCGUAGCUGAGCAUCCACAGGACGGACGUCCUCUUCAUGAUCAGGAGUUUGCUCUACAGUUUCUAAAAACUAAAAAUAUACUAUUCUGCCCCGCCAGACUUUGCUUUGAGGAAUACGACCAAGGAAGCCUCCAAGGCUGUCUUCGUUUGGGUUUCGUGAUGCAUCCGGAGUCGUUUCGUUAUGGCAUGGAGCAGCUUGCAGACUUCCUAGAGGCAGAGUCGGGUUUACUAUAG